UUUAGGUCUGCCGUCUCCCAAAUUGGCCAUGGGAACCAACGCAGCACUGUGGAGAGCUAUUAAAAACAGGUUCAAAUACUGACCAGUGAUUUGCCUCCCCACUUUUAGCUGCCACCAUUAUUUCAGACAGCCACAGCACUGUAAAAUAAAUCACAGAGCCAAAGCUCUGAUGAGGGUCUGUAGCCCACUGGGAUCCUAUUUUAAGGUCAUAGAUAUGAUUCAGCUGGGAGUCUUAAUAUAUGUAUUUAGGUCACAUCAUUCCCUCCCGCACCCUGUCAUAUGACACCCAACCCGUGAUGCAGUACGCAAGUGCUUUCCAACACAGAGCUGGGCGUCUGCCGGCUGAACUAGUUCAACCCCUGAGGAAUGUGUUUGUGCAAGUCUGCAGUACUUUGCCCUGCCCCUUGCUUGGAAUAAUUAUCGACGGCCUCUAAGUGUUCCAGGAAAAGCAGUCUUCCAACAGGACGUAGGCCGAGCUGAGUACUGUGGGAGCUGACACUAUUAUCACAUGAAACACAAGUGAUUUUCUUAGAGCAGGGUGACUGGACCUGUUUUUGGGUGGGACGCUCAGUUUCACGUCAGCAGGUUUCACAACAAGUGUGUUAAACCGGUUUCAGCAGAGCUUCAGUUUACUGAAUGGAUCUGGUGAAACAUACAGGCGGCUGCCACUGUGGGGCUGUUAGGUUUGAAGUCCUACAUUCCCCAGACCUCCAUGUUUUCCACUGCAACUGUAGCAUCUGCACAAAGAAACAAAACCAUCAUUUCAUUGUUCCAAAACAUCACUUCACACUCUUACAGGGGUCAGAUAAUCUGACCACGUACACGUUCAACACUCACGUUGCUAAACACACCUUCUGUAAAACCUGUGGAGUUCAAAGUUUCUACACUCCACGCUCCAACCCUGACGGAUAUGGGGUUGCGCCACACUGUCUGGACCCAGGUACAGUCCGCAGUGUCACAGAGGAGAAGUUUUGUGGGGAGAAAUGGGAGGAAAGCAUGCAAGCUCACAAGAGCAUCAGAGACAUGUCUAAACCUACAACAGACACAAAAUAACACCACUGCGAUGUAAGAAUCUUUUUAAUCUGGAAACUGUACAGUGUUUUCAACAAAUCUUUGACAUUAUAACUAAAAACAGCUCAACUGUUUCAAACCAUAGUGUUGUUUUUAUACAGUGUAAUGACAAUAAAGAUGUUUCACUAGCAAACACACAA